UUUAUGGAAAGUGAUGAGGCUUUGAAGCAGAAACGUUAGUCAGAGUGCGCAUGGGUCUAUGUGUGACAGCUUAACGUACAAACAGGGCAGCAGCAGAUUGAAUGGUAAGAGAUCAGUGGGAGGGGGAGACAGGAAGACAGGAAGAUGUCACCAGGUAAGGAAACAAUGACACAGACUAUGGGUAGAGUGAGCGAGAGGACAGAAAGAAAGAAAGAGAGAGGGAGAGUCACACCUUGAGGAAGUUGACAAAACAAAGGACGCAUCAUCUUGAAGGAUGGGACUUGUGCAAUGUUUUGUGAUUGUCUCGAUGUUAUCUACACAGUUGGGCCUCACCAUUCCAGUGACAGAGCUGCCUGUGUAUUACACUGAGCGGAGUGGCGCAAAAUGUAAAAUGUGUCCUGCAGGUGAGUAUCAGAAGUCUUGUACAGAGUGCGCGCCCUGUGCUGCUGGAUCCUACACAACUGAACUGAACAGAGAGAGAGACUGCCAUUUUUGCUACAGAGACUGCAAACCAGGUCUUCAUCUCAAGGUGGCUCAGAGUUGCACCAGCAAGUCCGAUAUGACGUGCGUCUGUGAGGACGGUUACAGAUGCAAGGAGAUGUUCUCAAACUCAAAAAACUGCAAAUUCUGCGAAAAGAUACAGGAAACUACAACUGAAGCAGCAGCAAUUGUCUUAGUCAAGGAUAAACACACGCCUUCAGCUUCCUCAGGACAUAGCAGGACUUCUGCCAAAGCUUGCACAUUUCCAAAGUGUGGCCUUCAGUCAGACCAAAUGGCCAGAAAUUAUACAAAACCGGAAACAGACAAACAGACAAACAGUCAUCUGGCAGCCAUCUUGUGUCCAGUGGUUGCUGUGGGAUGUGUGGCCCUUGUGAUCCUCUUCUUUGUUCGUCGCCCCAGAGAUGAAUCAUGUUUCAAGCAAGUGUUGCUGGUCUGCAAUGAGGGCGGCAGAGAUGCUUCUCACAAGUCGAAGGAGUCAACUCAUCAGUUCCCCAGAGACUCAUUCAGUGCAAAGCAGCAGCCAUCGUCCCUUUCAGCAGCUAAUCUGGGUCCAGUCCACGUCCAUAAUCCAGGGACGGUCAUCUUUAGCUUGCUCAGUCAGUUUACAGGCCAAGUUGGUCCGACUAUUGAAUGUGGGAAGACGGCAGAGAAAGAGUGCAGCGAAGAAGAAGACGAGAGAGACUGUCCUGUGUUUCAUCCCACGUCUUCACCCAGUAUUCCUCUCUCUGAGGAGGAGAGGAGCGGAGAGAUUGACAGCAUAUUCUUUCCCUCCCAGGAACAAGGGAAGGACUGCCACAUGUCAAAAGAGGAAGCGCUAUGAUGUAUCAUAAAAUUCUCAGAAGAUUUGCAUAAGUGCUUGUGGCCACCGGCAUCCAGACUGAUCCUAAAAACAUUCUUUAAAAAAAGAAGGAACCAUACUAGCUGUGAAACCACAACUGACGGUCGAGCCGAGUCAUCUUUCUCUGGCAAACUGUGAAUCACAGGCUUCUACACAAAUAUUUUCAUCUGCAGGUUCUGGGAAAAUUUGUGGUUGGUACGCACCAGCAAAUUUAAGUCUGGGAAGAACAGCUGGAAGGUGAUCUCCUUUGUAAGUUAUAAUUUAAAAUGGCAUGUAAAUACUCUUAAAUAAGCUCUGUCUGCUGUAUUACAUCUAAAUGUUUAAUGACUUGCAGAAUUAUUAGACAUUUAUUGAUUACAAUAAAACUUUAUUUUGAAUUAAAA